AUGGCGAUACCCAGUAUACUCUCUUUGAAUUCAUACGGGAGAGCCCCUAAAAAAUGGGACUUAGGUAGUAUUAAUGAACUUGGAGAACGCAUAACUGAACGCCCAUUCUUGCUCGAAGAGAUGGCCACGUCUGGCCGCCUCAUUGAAAUAGAUGGAAUCCCAUCUCGUCAGCUUGGUAGAUAUGCGCCUCAAGAUGGAUGGUACAAGCCCUUUUAUUUCAUCGGUGUUCCUGUGCCAGGGGAAUAA